AUGCAAAAGGAUUCAAUGAAUAGAAAUGAAAAUAAGUUAAAGCAAUGGUUUAAUCGUACCUUUAAAUUGAAUGUAAAACCGAUAAAUAAACUACCGACUCCUUCAUUCACGCUACCACGUUCAGUAAAAGAAGUCGAAACCAACUGUUAUCUAAAUCAACAAGCUUUAACAUUAAAAGGGUUAACAUUUCAUCAAAAACAUUCAGGUCCAAAUGAAGCACCGAAAUUUAUCGGUCUGUUACAAUCAGAAUAUCAUAUUCAUCCUGUAAAAAAUGAUGAUAAUGCAUCAAUAUCUGAUCAACAAGAUAUGCUGAUUAUAUUUGAGCCAAUUUUAUUAUAUUGCUAUGUUCAGUCAACUGCACAAGACGUGGUGUUCAUAUGGCAGAAAGACUCUGUUGAAAUACAUCCUAGUGAUAGAAUCGAUAUUUUGUGUCAGGAUACAGCAACCCAAUUAAGAAUUAGUUGUCCUAACAUAUCAGAUGAUGGAAAUUAUGAUUGUAUAGCAGUGAAUCCUGAAGGAAAAUGUUCCACUCACACACGAAUUUUUAUUGAAGUACCAAAAGAACCAAAAAUAUCAGUGAAAUCUAUGCCAGAAGGUAUUCAGCUGAAUGACACUGGAAUUUCCCAAAGUAAAGAUAGUGUUAUUCCUGUUGAAAAGCCAAGAAAACUCCACAGUAUUGUUACCCAUCAUGGACCAUUGGAACGUUUAAGCCUUCGACGAACAGUAUGCUACUCAAAAAGCUUUAUCAAUACAAAGAGAAAUGACAUGAUAUUUAAGUGCAACAAUUUCCCGUCAAAAUUCAACUCAUUCUCUGCAUGUGAAAAUAUUCUCCUUUCAAAUGAAAAACACAUAGGUAGUAGACGAUAUUUAGAAGAAGACACCAGAGGAUGGAAAUACAACUCAUUUCGUUAUCUACGCAGUUAUGAUUUAAAUCAAACACAUGAACUAAUUCAAGCAUUUGAAAACACUAAGCAAUUUAGCGAUAUAACUAACAAUGGUUUAAGUGCACAGAAAUUAAUGUCAAUCAAAAAUUACAUCAAUUCACGUCAUCCUUAUCCUAUCAGAUCUAUUAAUAAUUCUAAUCCGAAGGUUAAUCACAAUAAUUUACCUAACAGAGAUGAAAGUUUGUCAUCAAGAAAGGAGUUGAAAGAGUUGAAUACAUGCAAAAGACGUCAUCAGUCCAGUAUUCUGCUGCCUAUCCUGCAUACAGAUUUAUCACAACAUCAGUAUUUUUACUAUCAUGAACAACAAGAUGAAAAUUCUGUUAAUCAUAAAAAAUGCAAUGUAAGAAAACGUCGAUCAUAUGAAACUGAUUCAUUUUGUUCAACGAAAAGUGGGAAUCCAUGGAAACUGUUACCUAAAACCAACAGCAGUAGUCAGCCAAGAAAACAAGGUCCCAAUCAAAUACAACGAACAGACAGUAUAGCUAUGUCAAAGAGUUCAACUACAUCCAACGUGAAAUCACUCAAUGAUAUUAUAUUCUCCUCUAAUUUAAUCAACAUUGGUCAUAGAUCAGGCACAGGUUCUACUAUAUCAGAUAUUAAUCAGUAUUCAGGUUAUCAAUCAUCACAAAGAUCAUGGAGUGAUAUUGAUUUAAAUCCAUUCAGUCAUACAAAACUUAUUGAAGUACGAUAUUUAAAUGAACCGAAUAAAGAGAAUCAGAAAGACUCUAUCAGUAGUGUUGUACAAGAAAUUGUAAUGCAAUAUGUGGAAGCAUCCAAGGGUCUACAAGCAUCAGUUUUUGAAAAUGAAGAAUAUGACUACAGAUUCCCGGAUAAAGAAGUUAUCAAAACAUCGGAACAAAGUAAGAUUACAGAUUCAAGAGCGGAACUUUCAAAUGAAGAAAGAGAGAACUGUGAACAGAAAGAAGAUUAUAGUUUGGACAAUAAGCGGGAAGUAGUUUCAAUUCCGCCUCUUUCGUCUACUUUAAAUGGAGAUGGAAAAAGUAAUGAAUCCAUUAAUCAUGUAUCAAAAAGUCUGAAUCUUUCAGACUGUGAUGAAUCAGAGAAUCAACGAGUUUUAGACUGUUCUAAAAUCAAUCCAUGUGCCUUGACUACAAAUGAAAAGCCUGUGGACACAUCCUCUCCGCCAACAUAUCAGAGUUCAUCGUUGGACAAAAAAAUCUGUGUUAAACAGAAUAACUCUCUUGAUAAUGAUAAUAAUAAUAAUAAUGAAUAUUCAUGUGGAAAAGGAUACUAUAACUCGCUAGAAAAUUUUCGAAAACUCCAGAGAUAUAAAAAUAACAUUACAUCAGCAUCGUUGUCUAAUAUAAAAAGUGGUUCACCUACAGAACCAGUAAAUAAGGCGUUUGUUUAUGAUGCAGCUGAAUUAGUAAGUAAAACAGUUGAGAGUACAACUUGUCAUCAAAAAGAACAUGGUAAAGAGAGGUUGAAACGAUCUGGAGCGAUUAGAAAAAAUUCAAGGGAGCAGCGUAAAUUCACUGACCGAGAAAACAAUACCCUUCAAACAAUUGGAAAAAAUGAUAAAAUUUGUAAAAGUGGCAGUAUUACCUCUUUGAAUUCAACAGCUUCUGCUAUUGAUACUACUGUCAGUCCUAAAAUAAGUAGUGAUAUUCCGCAUCAUAAAAAUCAUGAACUUGAUAAGGCAGUUAUUCAUCCUGAUAUUCAUGAACUGCAUCACAGUCAUCAAAGUAAAAUACGUGAAUUAAUACAAAAAUUUCAAACACCAUCUAGAACGACUUGUAUAUCUCCAAGUAAGCAAGUUAUCAAUCGUAUACCAAGAUUUAAGAAACAAUUAGAAGACAUGAAAAAUGAUAACAAUAACUUAACUAAAACUAAUGAGCCAGUUGACAGUAUGUUUUAUAGUACCAUUGGUGUAGGUAAUAUUAUUACAAAAGACAUUCUCAAUAACUCACGCAAUACAAGUGUUCGUUCUAAAACAUCUUCAUCCUCCUCAUCAUCACCUCCACCAUUACAGUGUCUUAUGCCGGCUAUUAAAACCACACCAGCCGAUCGUGACUCCUCAGGAUUGCCUACUACCAAUAAUAUGCAGCGAGAUAACCAACAUGAGCAUUGUCAAAUACACUCGGUUACAAAGACUGAUUGUCUUUCAUUCACUUCAAAAGAUCAAAAAAUUGGCAGACAGAAUGGUCAAAUUAAAAGAAGUUGUGAAUCUGUUUGUCAAAAUACUUCAAGUAAAAGCAAUAUAAAUAACAUUGAUGAUUCAAAUUCAUUUAUACCGUCUGUCAGAAAGUACUCUGCUUAUUCUCAUGAAGAAGUAAAACAAAGUCAGUGUAAAAUUGUUAAGAAAGAAGCGUAUAAAAAUCAAAGAGAAUCAACCCCAGAAAGUAAUGAUGCCAAAAUGAUAACAUUAGUAACAAAACACUCAUCAAGUCGUCAGUCGCUUGUUUCUCAAAAUGUAUCACUUCCAAAUGCGACGUCGAAUCAAAUGCAUUCAAAGUUAUGUACAGACGCCAAAGCAGUUGUAAAAUCGGACAUCUGUAGUUCUAUAGAAGCAUCGAAUAAACAUUAUGUUAAAUGUGUAAGCGAAGAAGUUACAUUUACAUGUAAAGAAGAUGAAACUGAACGCAUUGAAUAUCCGUUAAAAAUCAGUACAAUCAAGAACAUAAAUCCUGUGAUCAUUAUGAAGAAAUUGGAGUGCUUGGUUAUGGUACAUAUGGACACGUGA